UUUUCAUUUCGCACAAGCAAGAAAAAAUUCCCGGAAAAAUAAAUUGUUUGCACAUGUUCAAAAAAAUUUUGAUUUAAUUUUUCAAAUGUAAAAUUUUGAAAUCUAAAAAAAUGCCUCCAGUAAAACGACGAUACAUUUUAUUUCGUAUCGAUUUCAUCGGUAUCGAUGAUACAAUACAACAACAACAACGUCCACGUCCAAUAAUUCAUGAAGGUGAUCUCAUACAUUCAGUUCGUGAUAUGGUACAAAAACUCUAUGGUGAUUAUGGUCUUGCAUCAAUAUUGUUCAAUUUUCAUGCAAAAAAAUUUGAUUUAACUACCCGUACUGGUGUUUUUGCUGUCAAACGUGAAUCAUAUAAAUUUCUUAUAACAUCAUUACCAUUAAUACAAACAAUUAAAAAUUAUUCGAUUCGUUUUACAAUAUUAAAAAUUUCUGGAACAAUACGUGGUACAUUACGAUCAUUACAAGGUUAUCAUGGUCGAAUGAUUCAUAAUUAUAAACAAAUGUUGGCUGAACGUAAACAUAAUCAACAGCAACAAGUACAAGAAAUUGAAAAAGGCUAUGAAUCGAUUGUCGACAGUUUAAUUGAACGUCAAAAUUGAUUUAUUUUAUAAAAAAAAA